GCAACCGCUUCAUCAGCACAAGGGAUGUGGUCCUUGCUCAAGGAUAUCGAUCACACAAAGACGACCUGGGCAAUCAAGGUUCGGGUAGUUAGGGCAUACGAAGUUCCUCCACACUCUAAGGGCGGGGAGACUCUUGAAAUGGUUUUGCAUGACGCAGAGGGAGAUCGGAUUCACGCCAUUAUCAAGAGGCCGCAGAUAGCAAUGUAUAAGCCUAAUAUUACAGAGAACAAAAUUUAUGCCAUAAGAAACUUUUUGGUGCUUGACAAUUACCAAACAGUGAAGACUACCAGUCAUCCCUACAUAAUUCAGUUCAUCUCAAAAACCCUGUUGAGGGAAGAUACGAAGACGGAAAUGCCUAUGAUGGUCUAUGAUUUUCAGCCUUUUGAUAUGCUGCAUGCCCAAAG